CGAAGGUGUCCAAUCCUGCCAAUUGUCUGCAUCAUGCAUACGCCUGGCUAGUCGUCAUUCCCUGCUCUCUCAUGGUCGCUGAUUCGUGAUGUAACUGCCUACCCCAAUAUGAAAUGGCGUGAGAGGCUGGCAUUGCCUACGAGGAUACUCGACAAUGUCUUCUCCGGGCAGAGCUAAAAACUUCGGUCCCCCAUAAGAAAGUCACCAGCAUCCCUGAUCGCGCUACUCUCUUGGAGUCUCCUCACACCUCUAGGCUAGACUAUGGCUGAGGUAUCUGUGCUCUCUGCAAUUCUAGUUUCGGUCUGCCUGAAUAGCUUCCUCUAUGGCGUCUUCCUCGUCCUAUGCAUAGCGUCUCUCUGGCUCUUCCUUCGCUAUGAGCGAUCAAAAUCUGGUGGGCGAAGCAGCAUUUCACUACGACGUUAUUCGAUUUCCUUGUCGCCAACGUUCAUUGCAUGCGUGUGCCUUCUCUUAUCGGUCACUAUGUACUGGGUGCUUAUAGCCUAUCAGCUGUUUCAGGCCUUUGUUUUGUACGACGGUGGCAGGGCACCUACAGAGUUCUAUGCAGAUUUCUCGCAGACAACCGCGAUUGUUCAAAAUUGUGUCCUUGUUUUUACAAUCAUCGUCGGCGACGCCAUAUUGGUUUAUCGUCUCUGGGUCAUAUGGGUUGGCAAUAUGUUGGUGAUGAUGGUGCCUGCCCUUAGUCUGCUUGGGCUAAUUGUUUCUGGUAUUGCGGGUACAUAUCUCAUGUCGACAAUGUCACUGGAGGACCAGAGUCUUGUAUUACGUGUGGAUUGCUGGGUCACGGGCAACUGUGUGUUUACGCUUUGCACGAAUGUAUAUUGUACCAGUCUUAUAUCAUGGAAGAUUUGGCGGACGGAUGCUUUCUCGAAUCGAGUUAGUGGGGCCAGCCGCCGAAAAGCACUUGCCAUCCUGGUUGAGAGCGCGGCCAUCUACACAUGUUGGACGAUCUUCUAUUUCGUGACGAUCGAGGUUCAUUCGAAUCUCGAAUAUCUAGUCAACAACCUCACAUGCCCGAUCGUUGGUAUCGCGUUCAUGCUGAUCAACGUACGUGUCGGACUGGGUUGGUCGCGGAGGGGCCGUCAACAGCCGUCGCAGAGCACCACUCUGGAGGCUGGGCACUCCCAAGCAUCGGGAGAACCGUUUAGGCGUCCACCUCUGACGAUCAACAUUACCCGAACGAUCCACCGAGACCAUGAUCCUGUGCACCUCCCUGGAAAGCUCUCGGACGAGCACGUUGGUAUAGAGCUCGAUGUGAUGGCGGCAUGAGGCUAGAACGCAUCGAGAAAGCACAGUAGAAUACCAACUAUUGUACCUCGAUAGAUUAUUGCUCUCACCACUGUUCAACAGCUACGGUUCAGUAGCGAUUAAGAGGAGAUGCGGUGAGUGAGAGUCGUGGUGGCGAGCGUCUGCCUUGUCGAU